UUUAAAUGUGGUUUUAAGGUUGAGAGCAGAAGUCGCUGAAGAGCGUUGAACACUUGUCACUAACACACUAGACCGAACCAGCGACAUUUACGGGACUCGUGCUGUAAGAAAGACAAAAAAGGGAGAAUGUUAAGGAUUCUGCUGACACUACUGAAAAAACCUCUCAAGAUGAGGUCUUUCCAGUAAAACAUAAGAAACAAUCUACCAUUCCUUCCUCCGCUUCAGCCCAUGACUUGAGAUGUUCAAACAUGGAAAAGGAGAGACAAGAUGUAUCAUCUCCUAAAGGAGUUUUAGAAGCUUGCCUUAAAGGCUCAGAAUCUGAUACAGUUUCCUCCAAAGAUAGCAGCUCAGAAUCAGACAUCCUUUGUUCAAAAACACAGGCUUCUACUAACUGGAGAAAAUUCUUCAAGUCAUGGAAAAGACGUUCAAUUAAGCGCUUAGCUACAUUCCCUCCUCUUCCCAUGGCAAUGACAUGCCGAAGAAAGAAUAGGAGCACUAGAGAAGAAGACCACGAGAUGACACAUAUAUACGAGUACAAAUCUUCAUUGAAGGAGUUCACCCUCUCUGAGCUCCAAAUUGCAACUAACAAUUUUAGUAAAGAAAAUAUGAUUGGAAGGGGUGGCUAUGCUGAAGUUUACAAGGGUUGUUUGCCAAAUGGAAGACUGGUAGCAGUAAAGAGACUUACUAAAGGAACAGAAUCUGAGAGAACAAGUGGCUUUCUCUGUGAGAUUGGUAUUAUAGCGUAUGUGGACCAUCCAAAUACUGCUAAGUUGAUUGGGUGUGACAGCGAUGGAAUGCAUCUUGUUUUCCAGUUAUCUCCAUUGGGGAGUUUAGGAUCUCUUCUUCAUGGUUCAAAGGAUAAACUAGACUGGAGUAAAAGAUAUAAAAUAGCUCUGGGGACAGCAGAUGGUCUAACAUAUCUUCAUGAGAGUUGCGAGAAGCGGAUUAUUCACAGAGAUAUCAAGGCUGAUAAUAUUUUGCUUACAGAGGAUUUUGAACCUCAGAUAUGUGAUUUCGGGCUUGCAAAGUGGCUUCCGAGACAGUGGACUCACCACAAUGUAUCAAAAUUUGAAGGCACAUUCGGCUAUUUUGCUCCUGAGUACUUCAUGCAUGGCGUGGUUGAUGAGAAAACUGAUGUAUAUGCAUUCGGGGUCCUGCUUUUGGAGCUCAUAACUGGACGACGAGCUGUGGACCAUUUACAGCAAAGUGUUGUGAUAUGGGCAAAGCCUUUACUUGAUAACAAUGACAUUAGGGAGCUAGUAGAUCCUUCUCUUUGUAAUAAUUAUGACCGUGACGAGAUGGAUCGUGUUGUUUUGACUGCUUCCUUGUGCAUUGAGCAGUCUCCUAUUCUCCGUCCAAGAAUGAGUCAGGUUGUGAUACUACUAAGAGGUGAUGAAUCUGCUGCACAAUGUGCAAAAGAAUGUCACAAAGGCACCCUCCGAAGAAGUUACUCCGAACAUCUCUUAGAUGCACAAGAAUACAACUCAACAAGGUAUCUAAGUGAUCUGAAUCGACUCAAGGAGGUUGCUCUUGGUUCUUGAAACCAAGUAAUUUUUACAUAAUAGUAAUUAUAAUAGAGUUCCAUAUAGACUUUUGCAAGGGGGUGUUUGAUAAUCACAUGGAAAUAAAAUCAUCCAGUACCGUCUCCCAUGUCAUUUGGAGUGAAUUUAUUUCCAUUAGAUGCUCAAACAGCAUCAUAGUUUUCUGUCAUUGUAAAUAUAUAAGGUUUUAGCAGUUUUUUUUUCCUUAAAAACCUUGGGGAACUUUUACUUUGUGUUGAAUAUACAGUUUAAACUUCA